ACUCAACAAAAUAAAUAAAAACAGAAAAACAAAAAACAAAAAGAAAAUAAGAAUCGGUCCGACUCAAUAUCCCCUUCGUCCCUCUCAAAGGCUCCGGACCAGAGCCUCACGUCGACUUCUGAACUCAACCGCUAAAACCCAAUUCAGCAGUUCCCAUACUUGUGUAAAUAUAAUCCGCAAGCUUCUUCCUUCUCCAUCCAUCUUCUCUCUUGGGCCAUUUCUAUCUUCUUUUCUGUCCAAUUCAUUAACUCUGCUUUCAAAUAACCAGGUUCAGCUUCUGACCAUUUAGAUACAAGUAUUCCUUCUCCUAUUUCAGACAAUGAUUCUCCCCGCCUGCACGGCAACCCCAAUUCAACUUCCCAAACAACACCCACUCACCACUACUCCACACCCAUCUCAGUCCACCUCUCCUAAUCCAAAACAUGACAAGAAACACUCGGUUUCGCUGAGAAACAGGAAUGAACACAUAGACCAAACUGUGUUGUGGACCUCUUCUAUAUCCCAACGCUGCCGAAGUGGUCAGCUAUCUCAAGCUGUUUCGCAGUUCAUCCAAAUGAGACAAGCCGGGGUUGAACCAAACCACAUCACAUUCGUUACACUCUUCUCCGGCUGUGCUCACUUUCCAGCUAAAGCACCAUUGUUUGGGCCCUCGCUUCAUGCUUAUGCGUCUAAACUGGGCUUAGAUAGGACUAAUGUGAUGGUGGGGACGGCGCUAGUUGAUAUGUAUGCAAAGUCUGGUCGGGUGGAGUUGGCUAGAUUGGUUUUUAGUGGGAUGGAGGUGAAGAAUUCAAUGUCUUGGAAUACUAUGAUUGAUGGGUAUAUGAGAAAUGGAAAUGUGAGGGAUGCGGUUGUGGUGUUUGAUGAAAUGCCUGAGAGAGAUGCUGUUUCGUGGACCGCUUUGAUUGGUGGGUUUGUGAAGAGACGCUGGUUUGAGCAAGCGCUGGAGUGGUUUCGUGAGAUGCAGGUGUCCGGUGUGGAACCGGACUAUGUGACUAUAAUUGCUGUGAUUGCUGCUUGUGCUGAUUUGGGGACUCUUGGUUUAGGCUUGUGGAUAAACCGGUUUGUUAUGAAGCAAGACUUUAGACACAAUGUUCGGAUAAGUAACUCGUUGAUUGAUAUGUAUUCUCGGUGUGGAUGUAUUGAUUUUGCUAGGCAAGUGUUUGACAACAUGCCUGAUCGGACCUUAGUUUCUUGGAACUCGAUGAUUGUGGGUUUUGCGGUGAAUGGGCAUGCAGAGGAAGCUCUUGUGUUCUUUAACCUGAUGCAGAAGGAAGGGUUCAAGCCGGACGGUGUCAGCUUCACUGGGGCUCUUACUGCAUGCAGCCAUGCUGGUUUAGUCGAUGAGGGGCUACGUUUCUUUGAUAGCAUGAAGAGAAUACACAAAAUAACCCCGAGAAUUGAGCAUUAUGGCUGCAUAGUUGAUCUGUAUAGCCGUGCAGGGAGGCUGGAAGAUGCCUUGAAUGUAAUAGAGAACAUGCCGAUGAAGCCAAAUGAAGUUGUUUUGGGUUCUUUGCUAGCAGCUUGUAGAACUAGUGGAAAUAUCAACUUAGCCGAAAGACUGAUGAAGUACCUGUUCGAGUUGGAUCCUGGUGUUGAUUCGAAUUAUGUGCUCCUUGCCAACAUAUAUGCAGCAGAUGGUAGGUGGGAUGGUGCAAACAAGGUUAGAAAAACUAUGAAAGACCUCGGAAUCCAGAAGGUGCCAGGAUUUAGUUCAGUUGAGAUUGACUGUGAUAUUCAUGAAUUUGUGGCCGGUGAUAAAUCCCAUGUUGAUGCAGAGUAUAUAUAUUCAACAUUAGAGCUUCUAUCUUUUGAGCUCAAAUUAUGUGGGUAUGUUCCUGAACACAUUAUAAGGGAAUAAUACGAGCAUGACUAAAACUUACUGGUAAUCUUGCUUAGUAAGAAGAAUUAUCCAUACACUUCAUGAGUUGUAAGUUAGCUGGCCAGACUUUCAUACAUCAAUAUUUCAAAUCUUGUAAUAUUCUUCGGGGUGAUUACUUAUACGCAAAAGUUUUGGAUUUUGAGUUGGUUAAACUUGCUCUGGAUGGGGACAGCUCUGUUGAAAGAGCUUUCAGAGAUAUUUGGAUACCUUGCACCUGAAUAUACAAUGAUGGGGAAAUAUCACAUCUAAAGCAGAUGUGUUCAUCUUUGGGUUCGAUUGGUACUUGGCUGCAAUUGAUCUGGCUCCUGUUAUUAAUGAAGAAAAAUUAGAAAGGAUCUCCCUAAUAGCUGACCUUGAUGGGCAUUGUACUUGUCUAAAGGUGGAAACCAGUUAAGAUCAAUCAAAAAGUCUCAGAAUUGAUUACAAUCAACCCCGAGGACAGCAAGGGAGGUUUUAUUGCAAGAUCCACUGGAUUUGCAGUCCUUCACUAAUGCCUGUGGUUGAUGAGUAAACUUUGUGUUGGAAAGUCUAGAGCAAACAUUGCCUCUUAUUUCAUUUUCCUUGAAUAAAUUACUUGUUUUUGCUCAGUAGAUGCUCUUUAUGGUAUGAUCUUAGAGCAUUUCAUUUUCGUUGCUCCAUACAAAGAAUAUAAGAAAGGCUAUUGCUGUGCUCAAAGGUGCUUAGCUAUAUUUUCUUGAGCUGUGAGAGCUGUCUGCUGCAUC